AUGAGGGCCCCAAACUUUCGCAGAUAUGCCAAUGGCAAGCUUAAUUUAUCAGAUACACCAGCAGCAGUUUCUAUUGCUAGAGAGAACAAGGCAAGGGGGUACUGGGGGAAGCCAAAAACAGAUGAACAUGUGAGAGCCCUUGCUUUAAGAAGAAUUCGCCAACAUCAUGGUGUAACCAGUAAUGAAGUUGAUGUACUGGGGCAACAUGAACUUCAAUUUGGGACAUACAGAGGCCAGACUUUUCGGUGGGUACUGGAAAAUUGUCUUGGGUAUGCAGGGUGGCUGGUUAUGAAAAUGGAAAAGGAGGCAGAAUCCAACAUGGAUAAAACUAAAGAGAAUAAGGACCAGACCAUCAACAAGGAAAAAUUUCAAAAGUACAUGUUGCAUUUUGCUGAGGGAAGAGAGGCAAUCAAUAUGAAAAAGGAGACACAUUCAUCUGUCAAGCAGACUUCUUCCUCUCAACCAUCAUCUGUUGGGAAGUCUCUGGCUUUAAGCAGCCAUUUGACCCAUGAAGCACUGCAGCAUAGGGCCAAGAGACUACUUUCACCUAAGAAAGUUCAGCCUACUAUACCAACAGAGAUGAGUGAUAAUGCCCUCCUACAGCAUGUGUUGGAGAUGGAAAAAUUGUCUUACAGUGCAAGACCACCCACAGCAACUGUGACCACUGGAAUGCCAACAGCCACCAUGACCGCUGGACCACCCACAGCCACCAUGACCGCUGGACCACCCACAGCCACCAUGACCGCUGGACCACCCACAGCCACCAUGACCGCUGGCCCACCCACAGCAACCCUGACCGCUGGCCCACCCACAGCCACCAUGACCGCUGGCCCACCCACAGCAACCCUGACCGCUGGCCCACCCACAGCCACCAUGACCGCUGGACCACCCACAGCAACCCUGACCGCUGGACCACCCACAGCAACCAAGACCGCUGGCCCACCCACAGCCACCAUGACCGCUGGCCCACCCACAGCAACCCUGACCGCUGGACCACCCACAGCCACCAUGACCGCUGGCCCACCCUCAGCAACCUUGACCGCUGGACCACCCACAGCAACCAAGACCGCUGGCCCACCCACAGCAACCCUGACCGCUGGACCACCCACAGCCACCAUGACCGCUGGACCACCCACAGCCACCAUGACCGCUGGACCACCCACAGCCACAUUCACUCUUCAGCCAUUCACUUCGGAAUCAGGAGAUAUCUGUCUACCAGCAGGCUGGAAACAAACUCUCCCUAAAGCAGACCACCUCUGGGUUUCCAAAGCCCUAUUUCAUUUCAGUCCAGGAGGGAGAGUCGAAUUUAAUAUUGACAAAAUAGAUAGAGUUUGGUUUUAUCCACCACAGCCGUCCUUGUCCUGCACCAUAAAACCCCGUGUAGACAGAUAUUUUUCACGUCCUUUGUUCCUCUGGAUGCCAAGAAGAUUGUGGCUGAUCAAGUUAUAUUGCCCUCAAGAAGGUUGCAACAGAGUUGAAUUGACAUCCGUCGGGAUAUAUAACAAAGUGAGACAGGUCCUUGAUGUGAAUGGAUAUUAUACAAUUGCUGGAGAGACUUUUAUAUGUCCUGCUUGCAAGAAAAGAAUGGUCAGCUGGAAUCAGAAAAUUAUACAACAGUUGGACUUAGGACACCAGCUGCAAUUCCCAUGCAUCCUCACUUACCGGCUAGCAUGUGACAUCAAAAUUAUUCGCCUCCUUAGACAGCGUGGGAUUGGAAAUAGUGCCAGCCAGAUAAGAACCAAAAUUCAGGAGCAGCACAGUGAAGUCUGGUUACAGAAAUGUAUCCAAUACAUGACAGACUGCAGAGGAUUUUCACUUGCAGCAGCAACGGGACUGAUCUUGCCACCUAGACAUGAAGAGCCACCCGCCCUAGCUCCAGUACCUCAGUAUCGCUGGCUGAUGCAAGUGUAUGCCCAGGAUGUAAUGCAGCGUAUUGAAGAAGUGAAGAGUAAUAUCACCUCCCUGCUUGGUAACAUACUGAAAAUUGAUUCAACUAAGAAAGUUGUGAAGAAAUUGGCAGGUGAAAGUUCAAAGACAGCUAUGUGGGCCACCAAUGUUGGGAAUGAGUAUGGCCAAGUAAUCAUGUCUGUACUUACAACUGGGGAAGGCUAUGGACUAAGUCCAAUGAUUCAUGGCUUGAUAAAACGGUAUAGAGAGGCAGAAGUCCAACCCCCUCAUCUCCUCUAUGUUGACAGAGACUGCUGUGGAAACAACCAGCUGAGAAGAAUGUUUGCUGACUGGCCAGAGCUGUCAAUCCGAUUAGACAUUUGGCACUUUAUGAGACGUCUGUCUGUUGGCUGUACAACGGAUGCUCAUGCACUGUAUGCCACCUUUAUGUCUCGUCUCAGUCAGUGCAUAUACAUGUGGGAUCCAGAAGAUGUGGAAGUUUUGAUCGCUGCAAAGAAGGCCGAGUUGGAAGCCUUGCAUAUCGAAAACCAGACAGACGAGGAUGUCUUUCGCCACAUCAAAAGCAGUGAAUUGGCCAUGCACUGUAGGAGAACUACUCGAGGUGUUGAGGAAACCACCCGCCUCAUCACCCAGUUGAUUCAGUCUCUAGAUGGUGACAAAGGGCGAGACACCCAAGGAGUGCCCCUUAUUAACAGUGGUCGGAUGGCAGAGAUCUGGAAACAGCAACAGAAGCAUGUGCAAUGUAUACAGGAUCCUCCAAAUGUCCAGUUAUACACCCAGACUGGUGUUAGCAAGAAAGGAGGAUGCCACCUUCCUGUAUAUCGUUGUGCAAGGGGAUCUACUUCUUUGGAAUGUUUCCAUCUGCACUUGGCUAGGUUCAUCCCAGGUACACUUGCAAAUGCCACCCUAUUUCAAGCAUAUCUGUUGGAUGGACUUAACAGGUGGAAUCAAGACCGAGGAUCAGCUGCCACCACCAUUUCAUCCUUUGAACCCCAGACAUACAGUGGUCUUCUCCGACACACUUUCAACUCACUUGGAGAAGCUGUGUUUGGAAGAAAGAUGCUUCCAUCAUAUACUGCCCCUCAUAAGUAUACUGGUGAACUCCUUGGAGUGGAGUAUCUGUACAGCCAAACAGGAAAGGUGCUCCAAGAUAUGGACCACACAGAUACUGAGGAGGAGGAAGAGAAGAAGCAGGAGGAUGAAGUAGAAGAAGAGGAAGAGAAUGAUGAAGGGUUUGGAGAUGUAGACGACUUCAUUGAUUUUACAAUUCCACCAUUAGAAAUUCCUCCCCAAACUCCCCCUAAUCAACAGCAAGUUUCGCCAUCGUUAAAAGUUGCCAGACAGCCUAAGCCUAUUCUACGUAUUCCAACAGUAGAGGAAUAUGAACAAGCUGCUCGAUCAGGUCUACUAGAAAGUCCUGCUUCCUGUUCUACAUUCAAACCAAACGAAGCAGAUCAAAUGUGCAGACCAGAAAGAACAGAAACAUUAACAGCACUGAAUGUUCCAGUUUCAGAGUCAGAGACAACAACUGAAAGUGCUGAGGAUGUGGGGUCUGUUGGUCCAGAUAACAUUCCCGGCUUUGACAAAGUGCAUGCACUUGCAGACUAUCUCGUUGAGCUGAGGGAAAAAAGCCAAGCAUUGUCUGAUCAGCAGGUUGCUGACAUUUCAAAAUUAUGGAAUGACCUCGUUGAUUAUGACAAACAAGGCACAGUAUUUUCUGCUAGGUACAAGAAGACGCAAAUCAAAGGGAGAUUUAGGGCAACAAAAACAACAGUGUCUGCUGGAGUGGAAAGUGUGAGAAGUUAA